AUGAGUUCCAAUUUACUAUUUAUUCCCUUGAGAAAGACUGUUUCUCUUGAUUUCAAUCAAAUUUUAAAUGACGUUAUAUCCAAAGAGUAUUUUCAAACUGCUGAUUCUUUUAAAGAUGAUAUCUUAUUUUUCCACAAUUUAAGAGAACAAGUUAUUGAUCCAAUAAUAUCCACUGAUGAUCUAACUCACUUGAAAAAAUACUUUAUUCAUCUAAACUCUCUACUAUUAAAAUUCCCAAUUGAUCUAACCUCCUUUUCAUGGUAUGGCACCUUGUCCUAUAAUUCUACUUCUCCGAUUUCAAUCACUUCCAUCUACUGGGAAAUUUUUAAUAUCAUUUACAAUUUGGGUGCUUUUUAUUCCCAAUUGGCUAUACUUCAACUCAGAAACUCUGAAGACUCUAUUAAAAAAUCUUGUCUUUAUUUUCAAUACGCAGCCGGUUGCUUUCAGUUUAUUUUAAAUUAUUCCUUUAAAUUAGACAACAAACUAAAUUUCGAUCUUCCUUUAGAUUUCCAAAUUCAAUCAAUCAAUGUCUUGAAAUACACAAUGCUAGCACAAGCUCAAGAAACCUUUUGGCAAAAGGCUAUUUCAAAUGAUUUAAAAGAUUCAAUAAUAGCUAGACUAGCUUCCUCUGUUGCUGAUUUUUAUAAAACCUCUUUGGAAUUCACUACAAAAUCUGAUUCUUUUACUUCAAAAUGGCUAGACCAUUUAACUGCAAAACAAAACCAUUUUUUAGCAGUAGCCCAAUUCAGACAUUCGAAGAUGUCUUGUUCACAGUUAAACUAUGGUGAACAAGUCUCAAGAUUAAAAUUGGCUUUAAAUUACUCAAAUCAGUCUUUAAGAAAGAGAGGCAACCUAUCGUCUUUAGUUGUCAGCGAUUUAGAAGGUUUAAAUGUGGUUUUAAAAGAAACCUUGAAAAUUGCCGAAAGAGAUAAUGAUUUGAUCUAUUUAAAACCUGUACCGGAUUUUAAUAAGUUGUCUGAAAUUGUUAAAAUUGAUAUGGUAAAAUCUUUAAUAAUAGAUGAACUCGAAAAACCAAUCUCAUUCUUAAAAAUUAAAUCAAAUGAUGAUGAUGACGAUAAUAAUAAAAUUAACAAGAUUAACAAAAUUAACAAAAUUAAUGACUCAAAAAAUUAUGGAAACUUAUUAUUCUCAUCUUUACUACCUUAUUUUAUUAUUUGUACUUCUCAAGCCUAUAAAGAACGUCAACAACUGUUUAUUAAACAAAAAAUAGUCGAACCAAUUAAUUCCUUAAAUAAUAUUCUCAACAGAUUUUUAGCCGAAAGAAACUUGCCUUCUUCAAUUGAUUUACUAAUUAAUCAACCAAAUUUAGAUGAUUUUCAAUUACCUGAAUCUUUACUUGAUAAUAUUCAUGAAAUGAAAAAUUUGGGUGGUCUUCAAAAAUUACAAAGCACUUUAAGUGAUAUCAAGAAAUUGACUUUGGACUCAAAUCAUUUAAUUGAUGGUUGUAAAGAAAGAUUAAAUAUUGAAAAAAAUGAAGACGAUUAUUUAAAAUCAAAUUAUGGCUUAAGAUAUUGGACAAGACCACCAUCACAUGUUUCUUCAAAGGAUUAUUGGGAUAAAAUUCAAAGUCUAGAAGAUUAUUUAGUUCAAGCAAAAAGUGGCGACCAAGUCAUUUUAAACAGUUUUCUUGAUAUAGAAAAUGAUUUAAAGCUUUUAUUAAAUUUUGAUAGCAAUGACCUAAAAAAAUAUAUAAUUAAAAUUAUUUCAACUACACCACCUAAUAGUUACCAUAAUUCCCCAAUGGCUAUAGACUCAGAAACUCUAAAAACAGCAAACUCUCUUAAAUCUCUUAUAAGUCAAUUGAUUUCUUUAAAAGCUGAAAGAAGUAGUUUUUUGGAAACUGUUGAUAUUAAAAAUCAACAAUUAACUAUCCUACCCAAGAUCAUUCAAGAAUAUAAAAGAUUUCAAGACACAAAUUCAAUAGAAACCCUACAUAAAUUAUCAGAAAAUUCAAGCUCAAACAGUGAUAAUAUAUAUGACUCAAAUGAAGAAUUGGAUGAAGAAAAGAUGAAUAUUUUUAAUAAAGUUUAUGAAAAACAUAUUAGCAACUUUGAAAGUGAUUUAAAUUUUUUUGAUCAACAAAAACAAAAGCAAAAUUUAAUUCAAGAGAAGAUUGAAGUUUUGAACAAAAAAUUUAUUCAAAAAUCCGAUGUUUACUUUCAAUCAUCUGAUAAGAUGAAACAAGGUAUAUUUCAUAGAUUUGAAUUAGUUUAUUCAAAUUUUAUGGAAUUGAUAACAAAUUUCAAUGAAGGUAUAAAUUUUUAUAAUGAUUUUAUCGUUAAUGCAUCAAAUUUAUUGAAAAAUAUCGAUGAGUACGUUUAUGAGAGACGAUUGGAAGCUAGAGAACUAGAAUCGUAA